CAUUUUCAAAAUUAAUAAUAAAAACCAAAUUAAUCAAAAUUGUCCUCUAUUUAACAUCUAUCACUUAACAUAGUUAAUAUCACAACUCCAUCAUCUCAUGGCAACUCCAACUACUCUCUCCGCUCUCUUCUUCCUUCUCACUUUUAUCUUCGCAGCAACCGUUUUCUCUGACGAGGAUUGUGUGUACACGGUGUACGUUAGAACCGGGUCAAUAUUCAAGGGAGGAACAGACUCGAUCAUCGGACUCAAGCUAUACGAUGCAUCCGAUUACGGAAUAUACAUCAAGGAUCUUGAAGCGUGGGGCGGGUUAAUGGGUUCGGGUUAUAACUACUUUGAACGGGGCAACCUUGAUAUAUUCAGUGGUAGGGGUCCUUGUUUGGACGGACCCGUUUGUGCUGUGAACGUGACUUCUGACGGGUCGGGUCCUCAUCACGGUUGGUAUGUUAAUUAUGUUGAGGUUACUUCAACUGGGGUUCAUACUCCUUGCGCUCAGGAACAGUUCACGGUGGAACAGUGGUUGGCGACGGAUACGGCGCCGUAUGAGCUUUCGGCUGUUAGGAAUUACUGUAAGUACGAUUCGCGUCGGGGCCGUCCUGAAUUAAAGAUCAUUGGUGGUGUCAGAUCCGGGUCUGGGUCUGGGCCUGAUUACUCUAUUUUGGGCUCUACUGCCGGGGCCUAGAUCAGACCAAUAAAUCUAGAGGUGGUUAGUUAAUAAUGGUAUUGUUUGUAGGUGGUUGUAUUUGAUUGUAUUAUUGUUAGUGUCGUUGAGAUGCUUUUUGGUUGAAUUUAUUAUACUUGAACCGGUUACAUCAAUGGCGUUUGGAGUUUUGGGUUGUCAUUUAUGUGAAAAUGAUGCAUUAGGAAAACUGUGUGCGCACAAAGUUUUGGAAAUAAAAAGAUUUGGUUUUAUUUAA